AUGAGGGAAAAAUUCUAAUACCUUGAGAAUCAAGGGGAUGGGGAUUUUGGUUGUAGGCCUUUUAUGAUAAUUAACCCUGAGUGGUGGUGUAGAAAAAUAUGUAAAUUUUUUUCUGUUUCAAGACUUCAGACUACAUCAAGAAGAGGACUGUAAUGCAACAGUAUUUGUAAUGCUUCCAGAGGUCUCAGAUGAGGAGUUUUUUGGAAAUGGGUUGGAAGAGGAUUAAAAUAUCCUGGGUUAGUGUAGUAAUAUUACAGUAGGAUCCUUAGGUUGAUGCUGACUUUUAUUUGGGGUAAGUUUAUAUUUUGUGUGGUGUUUAUUUACUUUUUUGAAGAGGAGGAUGUAGUAGAAACAGUGUUACAAAUCAAUUUCAGUAAUGGGGUAGACCCUGUUCUCAGUAGGGGUGACUUAUGAGGGCCAAAGCUUGCUCCAGUGGUCUCUUUUUGUUUUAUUUUCUUUGCUUUUAUCUUUUUUGUUUUACAUUUUGAGAGAGGAGAGAUUUUCUAUUAAGGAAGGUUAUUGCUAGUGAAUUUGAUUAUUGGGGUGUCACAGUGGGGUUGGAGAGGGACUGCAGCAUGACCCUUGUCUACUGACCCUCCACAAAGAGCAUGUGGUGCCCCUGCCUUUGGGAAGAUAAUUUGCUCUCUUGUUAGUUUUGCAGGCUACCUCAGAUUCUCUGUUGAAUUGCUGUUAAGAAAUACAGACCAGCGUUGUUUCUGGACUCUCGUUGGGCGAGGUUUUCCUGAGUUUUAUGUCCCUUAGUUCACAUCGUGUUACCCAGAACAAAUGCUUCACUGUCCUCUGAACAGGCAGUACUCCUGUGGCUCUGUGUCUUGGCCCGUUUAGUUUUCUUCAGCUUGAAGGCCCUUUGCCACACUUACUGACAGCCACUCAUGUUCCUGGUAUGACCUGGAUUGCCGCCUGGUCCCUGAAACCUUCCAGCGCCCAUUCUGCAGCAUUCCCAGAGCACGGGACUUUUCUCUUUUCUACUGACUUUGCUUGGUUCUCCUUGCGGAAUAACCUGGGUAUCUUGUGGUCUGAAAGAGAAGAAAUUGAAACUGCACAGGCUUACCUAGAGUCAUCAGAAGCACUAUAUAAUCAAUAUAUGAAAGAGGUUGGGAGUCCUCCUCUUGAGCCAACUGAAUGUUUUCUUCCUGAAGAAGAGAAACUUACUGAACAAGAGAGAUCAAAAAGAUUUGAAAAGGUUUAUACUCAUAACCUAUAUUACCUAGCUCAAGUCUACCAGCAUCUGGAAAUGUUUGAGAAGGCUGCUCACUAUUGCCACAGUACACUAAAGCGCCAGCUUGAGCACAACGCCUACCAUCCUAUAGAGUGGGCUAUCAAUGCUGCUACCUUGUCACAGUUUUACAUCAAUAAGCUAUGCUUUAUGGAGGCCAGGCACUGUUUAUCAGCUGCUAAUGUCAUUUUUGGUCAAACUGGAAAGAUCUCAGCCACAGAAGACAGUCCUGAAGCUGAAGGAGAAGUGCCAGAGCUUUAUCAUCAAAGAAAGGGGGAAAUAGCAAGAUGCUGGAUCAAAUAUUGUUUGACUCUUAUGCAGAAUGCCCAACUCUCUAUGCAGGACAACAUAGGAGAGCUUGACCUUGAUAAACAGUCUGAACUAAGAGCUUUAAGGAAAAAAGAACUGGAUGAGGAGGAAAGCAUUCGGAAAAAAGCUGUGCAGUUUGGAACUGGUGAACUGUGUGAUGCCGUCUCUGCAGUAGAAGAGAAAGUGAGCUACUUGAGACCUUUAGAUUUUGAAGAAGCCAGAGAACUUUUCUUAUUGGGCCAGCACUAUGUCUUUGAGGCUAAAGAGUUCUUUCAGAUUGAUGGUUAUGUCACUGACCAUAUUGAAGUUGUCCAAGACCACAGUGCUCUGUUUAAGGUGCUUGCAUUCUUUGAAACUGACAUGGAGAGACGGUGCAAGAUGCAUAAACGCAGAAUAGCCAUGCUAGAGCCCCUAACUGUAGACCUGAAUCCACAGUAUUAUCUGUUGGUCAACAGACAGAUCCAGUUUGAAAUUGCACAUGCUUACUAUGAUAUGAUGGAUUUGAAGGUCGCCAUUGCUGACAGGCUAAGGGAUCCUGAUUCACACAUUGUAAAAAAAAUAAAUAAUCUUAAUAAGUCAGCAUUGAAGUACUACCAGCUCUUCUUAGACUCCCUGAGAGACCCAAAUAAAGUAUUUCCUGAGCAUAUAGGGGAAGAUGUUCUUCGCCCUGCCAUGUUAGCGAAGUUUCGAGUUGCCCGUCUCUAUGGCAAAAUCAUUACUGCAGAUCCCAAGAAAGAGCUGGAAAAUUUGGCAACAUCAUUGGAACAUUACAAAUUUAUUGUUGAUUACUGUGAAAAGCAUCCUGAGGCUGCCCAGGAAAUAGAAGCUGAACUAGAACUUAGUAAAGAGAUGGUUAGUCUUCUCCCAACAAAAAUGGAGAGAUUCAGAACCAAGAUGGCCCUGACUUAAUCCCUGCUUUUAAAGAAAGGAAAUGUUGAAGUGAUCUUUUUCCCUAGUCAAACUGGCCCAAUUCCAUUGUGAUAUUUACCUUUAUAGCCAGGUGAGUGCAGUUUGAGCUUGAGACACAGUAAACUGAGUGUUUGCUAGGAUCCUAAGGAACAUGAAGUUAAUUAAUAAUUUACACCUAAUUAUAUAAAUUGCCUUGUUAAAGAUACGUGAUUUUUGUAUUUUAGAUGCUUGUUUCUAUUUAAAUAUAAACCUUUUUACCCUCAGUUUUUAAAUGUAGAUUAUUUGUUGGCUAGUACUUGAUAGAUUCCUUGUAAGAAAAAAUGCUGGGUAAUACACCUGGUAGUCAAGUCUGUUACUAUAUUAAAAUUGAAAAAGUAACUCUGUAGUUACUCUUUCUAAAAUAUUUGAUUUCCUAAAUUCCCCCCACCCAAAAUCUUUCCCUUUUGAAAAUAUUAAAAACUUAAGUUAUGUUAUUAUAAAGUGUAAAAUGGUUUGUCUCAAUUAUAGGAGAAAAAGGCCUUGUUGGAAAUAAAAUAAACUGACUUAUUUCACUAAU